AUGUCUUCUCCUCGCUCUGAGCGGUGUAGUGAACUAAAGUCAUUUUCCAGUAAAAGCUUGACCGACCGCCAAUUAGUUGCGCGCCAGCGCCAUCAAUGGAAGCGCUCUAUUGGGGCAAAGCACGUGCGCUGGGUAAACGUCCCGUUUGAUGCGCUUGUGCAGAACGCUGCUUUGCGCAGCACCAUUAUAAGGGAACGCGAUGUCCGCGAAUGGCAAAAACGGCAUCUUUCUUUGCUUGCUCCUCGAACUGCAUUCGUGCGCAAUGACGUACACUCUGGAAGGCGAGCAGUGCACGCGUGUUUGGCCGAGGAAUUAUCCAUUCCGUCCCGUAAAUACUGGAAAACGCUUAUGCGCGUUGCGACGUUGACAUUUUCGGAAAAAGCGCAGUGGUUUUAUCAGUACUCAGUCAAGCUGUCUUUUUCGAUUAUGGAUGGAUAUCACACGAUUCAAAUUCACCGCAACAGGGUGUUGAAUCAAUCCAUGUCGUUUUUUUUGGCGGCCCCUAGCGCUACUCUACGUCGUCGACUCCGGGUUAACUUUAUCGAGGAAGUCGGUAUUGACGGUGGGGGAAUUUUGCGUGAAUGGUUACAUCUAGUUUGUACCCAAAUGUUUUCAGAAGCUCUAGGAUUGUUUUCACAUACCAGCUCAACAGCUCACCAAGGGUACUGGAUUAAUCGAACCACUAUGAAAAAGUCUACUAAGCAGUUGCAGAUGUAUGUCUUCUUUGGAAAGCUGCUGGGAAAAGCUUUGCUGGAAGGUCUACUUUUGAACGUUCGACUUUCAAUUCCGUUGCUAAAGCAUAUUCUUGGCACUCCGCUUGAGUUAUCCGACUUGUAUCUGCUCGAUGAAACGGUGUAUUCCAGUAUGAUGUGGAUUUUGGAAAAUGAUAACACCAACACUUUGGGUUUGAACUUUAUAGUAGAAGGUGCAGAGCUUAUUCCAAAUGGCGCGAAUGUUUCUCUUCACGAUGGAAAUAAAGAACUUUACGUUGCAAAGGUAGUGCAGUACUAUCUCUUUGACAGUGUUCGAGCAGAAAUUUCUAGUAUCUUAGAAGGUAUUCGAAGUGUUAUCAGCGAUACGGUCCUUCACGUCUUUGACUUUAAAGAGCUCGAUCUGUUGCUCUCUGGCCUACCGCAUAUUGAUAUCAAAGACUGGAGGAUGCACACGGACGUUCGGCUUUACGAGCAAACGAACCACGAGUUUGAUUUGAUCGGUUGGUUUUGGGAGAUUUUGGAGUCCUAUACACAAGAUCAGCGUGGGCGAUUGUUACAGUAUGUUACUGGAUCUAGCGGUGUACCCGUGGAGGGUUUUAAGGGCUUGACUGGUAUGGAUGGCGAGAUUAAGCGUUUUACAAUCCAGCUAGGAAAAGAUAUUUCGACCGUGUAUACGGUACUACCGCAUGCAAGCACCUGCUUGAACAGGCGAGUGUUGGCAUUCGUUAACGAAGCUUUAAACGACAAGUUGUUAACCUGCUUCCGUUCUUUGUGCAGACUAGACUUACCUCUCUAUUCUUCUAAAGUUGAGCUUGAGCGAAUGUUGUCAAUGGUAAUAGAAAUGGACAUCACGGGGUUUAGUCUUCGCUGA